AUGCGAGUAGCGGUGCCUCUCCGCCUUGCAGAGACGCACGCCAUCAAUGAUGCUCGCGUGGUUCAGCGCAUCCGAGAUGAUGGCGUCCUCCUCAUUCAGCAGCGCCUCAAAAACGCCGGCGUUCGCAUCGAAGCAGCUCGGGUACAGGAUGGUAUCCUCGGUUCCAAGGAAGUCCGUCAUGGUCUUCUCCAGCUUCUUGUGGAUGUCGGUGGUGCCGCAGAUGAAACGCACAGACGCCAACCCGUAGCCGUGUGUGUCCAACGCAUCUUUUGCUGCCUUAAUGACCUCUGGGUUCCCGGCAAGGCCAAGGUAGUUGUUGGCACAGAAGUUCAGCAGGGGCUCGGAAGAGGACUCGACGUUGAUCGAGGCGCUCUGCUUGGACGUGAUGACACGCUCUGA